AUGACAAAGGCAAACUCGAUAUGGUUGGGUUAUGGAAGGUUGAAGGUUGGGGAUGAUUCAAAUGAAGAAGAGGUUAUCAAAACUUUUGAAGAGCUCCUUGUCGACAAAGAGUUUCUUACAAGUGAUUUUUUCAUAAUACCAGAGGAAAAAAUCAUCACAAAGGAGGAAGAUCAAGAAGCCAAAGAUGACAUUGAUUAUAAGAAAGAAACAGAUGUAGAGGAAGAAAAAUAUGUAAAGGAAGAACCAUCAGAACAAAUUUCUGACAAAGAAAGUGAAACAAAAGACACAAAUGCUGACAGUAAUAAAGCUGUAAAUAGUGGGCGUGUAGAGGCUUUGAAGGCCUUGGAUAAGAAACUAGUGGGCCUUUAUUUUUCAGCAGGUUGGUGUCCACCUUGUCGCCAGUUUACGCCUUUACUGAAGGACUUCUAUGAGGAAACACAACGACGCAAUGCUCCUUUUGAGGUGGUGUUUAUCAGCUGUGAUAAGAAGGAGGAAGACAUGAAGUCCUACUACAGAGAAAGUCAUGGUGAAUGGCUGGUUGUCCCAUUUGCAGACCAACUACAGGAUGAUCUAAAAUCAAGGUUCAACAUCACAGCUGUGCCAAAGUUAAUCAUUGUAAACAUUGCUGGUGAUGUAAUAACCUUGAAAGGUCGCAAGGAAAUCCAGGACAAGGGCAUUGUGUGUUUCAGGACCUGGCAGGAAAUCGCUACAUUCAGAGAGAACAGGUCAAAGAGCCAAACAUCGGCUGCUCCACCUACUGACUCUAAGGAGGAAGAAGGAGAUAAAUCUAUACAGGCCUGAAUUCAGAUCAAACAUGUGACAUACCUACUCAAUUAAUUAUGUUUGUUUUGAAUGAUAUCAACGAUGCU